CAUUUCAACAUCGUAGGCAAUACGUGUAUUAGACGAUAAUAUUGGUUGUGAUAUCAUAAAGAUUGGAUCUAUGGUCAGAAAGAGACAGAGGUUCAUAAAGCGAAGGCAACGAUUAGUUGGCCCAAAUGGAGCUACAUUAAAGGCCAUAGAACUCCUUACGAACUGCUAUGUUCUUGUGCAAGGUAAUACUGUUGCUGCUUUGGGGCCAUACAAAGGCUUACAACAUGUACGUAGAGUUGUUGAAGAUACAAUGAAAAAUAUACAUCCUAUAUAUAAUAUUAAGGCCCUUAUGAUAAAAAGGGAACUUGCAAAAGAUCCAAAAUUAAAAAAUGAAAAUUGGGAGCGUUUCUUACCCAAGUAUGUGAAUAAGAAUGUUCAGAGAAAACAACCGAAGAAAAAGAAAGAGAAAAAGGAAUACACACCAUUCCCACCUCAUCAACCAGAGAGUAAAGUUGAUAAACUUUUAGCAUCUGGAGAAUAUUUCUUAAAGGAAGAUGAAAAGAAAAAGAAGAAGUUAACAGAAAAAAUGGCCAAGAAGGCUGAAGCUGAAGUUAAAAGACAAGAGAAAAGAAAUAAAUCCUUUAUACCACCUGUGGAAAAGCCAUAUAGGAAAAAAACAGGUGCUAAGGUAGCAUAACUAAAAAAGCUUAUAUAUGAAAGCAAUGAAGAAUCGUUUUCAAUAUGUAAAUUUUGUAUAUAAGAAAUAAACUUUUACAAAAAUGAAA